CCCGUCGUACAUAAGUGGUCCUGCUCUCAGACAGGCGACAUUCUGGCUCUGAAAGCCACUCCGUUAAGAUGUUUCCGAGUCUGAAGGAUCCCGAACACGCCAACGUUCGCCUCAAGAAUGUUGGACGUCAGGUGUACCUGUGCGUGACGCAGGACGACACAGGGAACCCAGUACUGGGCACCAAGACGCUCAACGAAAGCGUUGAUCCUGACGUCGAUUUCUCUCUCUACUAUUACACAAGUGCUGAAAGUGGAGAAACGAAGAUGGUACUUCCAGUACACCAGGCCACCAAAGCCUGUUUGAGUAUGACGCCAGACAAGAAAUUACAGAUAUCGUCGCUGAAAGACAUGGCACUAUUGGACACGAAUGAGCUCGAGGGUGUACUGGAGGAUCCGUUGAGUUUCACAAAGGCAGACAGCAGGUUCUUCUACAUCAAAACGUCAGGCAGCAAUGUAGCACUUGAAGCUAUGAAUGGUGUGCACUAUAACAACUUCCUUUUGGUGAAUGAAUCCAACACACUGGAUAUUCAGGAGCACAAUAACUCAAACUACCCGGAGGAGGUGCUGUUUUCCGUAGAAGAUUUGGACACUAUGGGAAUGUACAUUAACUCCUAACAGAAGAAAACUGUGUUACCAUUAGAAUUAAAUUCUGAAGUGAGAUGAAUGACUAAGCAAAUGGAUGACGACACGACCAAAUUCGUAUAAUCAGAUUAUUCAUAGAGAAGUGAUUCUAAAUGAAAAUUUGACAAAUUCCCUGUGACUGAAAUUCAUUGUCUAUGUUGUAUAAAACCUUGAUUAAUAUUUAAGACUGAGGAAUAUAUAAAGAAAAUUAUAAGCAUUACUCAUGAAUAUCGAUAAACAUUUAUCGUUCGCCUGGAUUUUAAUUACAGUCUCUUGGAAUAAUUUUGUAUUACACAAAACUUAAAUCUAUGUACAGUCUCUGUAGAAGUAUAUUCUUAGUACGUGAAAGCCUACACUCCAACUACUGUUCUGAAGAUGGAGGUGACGCAUUCUUCUGAAAUGCUGAUAACUACCUACAAGACUAUAUGGCAUCAUGUCCAGAUGACCGUAAUCCAUACAUCAAAUCUGGAAGAUAUUUAUACAUGUGUACUUACAUAAGAAAAUCAUAUUUGCAUUUAGUCACGAAUUUCUCUGCUUUCUGCAGCUCGCUACUGUGUUAACAAAAGCCCUGAACCAGUCGAAUCCAGUCUGUACCCUCACAUCCUAUUUAUUUCACAUCAACUUUAAUAUUAUCCUCCCAUCUAUCCAUCUUCCAGGUAGUUUGUCCUGUUAUGUUGUC